CUCACGGUCUAGCUAUUAUAGCUACGGGUCUUGCUCUUGGACGGCCUCCCUGCUUGAACGACUUUGUUACCACAAAGCAAAGAUCUGGACACUGGCAGAGAGGCAACUCGAAGCGCAUAACCAUUCAAUACCACGCAUUGGCUACUGUUGUAUAUCUUGGACGAGGAAUCCAAGCAUAGAGCUGCAUGAGUUCGUGCUGUCAAGGCUGAACAAGAAGAUACGCACGCGGGGUCCCAUACACCGCCUUAGGACGUCCAUCUCCUCACCCAGGAACAACCACAUCUAGCUGAGAGCCCGCCUGGCCAUCUUUGCACCCACGCUCACGCUGGACGAUUUCCGAGCCGCCAGCUACGCCUACGGCACAAUCAGCGCGAAGAAAUACGUCGAUCGAACCGUAGACAGCAUGGCAGACGCUCCAAUCGCUCCGAUCAAGCGUCGCAUGACCCUUCCCUCGCAACCACAACGCGAAGACCCAAUCUACAAACCCGCAGAGAACCCACCUCAAGACCCCGGCCACCAAGCAGUCUUCAUUUUCAUACAUGGCCUGGGAGACAGCGCAGAAGGUCUUGAAGAUGUGGCAGAUCAGUUCCAGAACAACCACAAGCUCCCAUACAUGCAUUGGAUUCUCCCCAACGCAAUGGAGAGUCGAGAAGCCAUGACAAAAGCUUGGUACACUCCAAACUCCUUCUCAGCUUUCCCAUCAGAUCGUCCAGAAUUGGCACCUGAAGAAGACGAGAUCGGUCUUAUGAAGAGCAUCGGAUACAUCGAGAGCCUCAUCGACGCAUGCCGAAACAAAGGCAUCCCGUCCGAACGCAUCAUCCUCGGCGGUUUUUCUCAAGGCUGCGCCUUGUCCCUCCUCCUCGACCUCACCUCCAAGAAAUACGCCGGCCGACUAGGCGGCAUCGUCGGACUUAUGGGAUACUUACCUCUCGCGAACGCUCGCAGAAUCGAGGAUUUGAGAUCUCACGCCGGUCUCCCGCCAAAUCAUGGGUCCGUUCCGAUCUUUUUGGCGAAAGGACAGAAGGAUCAGAUGAUUCCGAAAAGUGUUUGGAAUCAGAGUUUGAAGAAGUUGCAGGAGUUGGGCGUGCACGAGAGUGAUCUUGAGGUUCGUGAGUAUGAGGGGUUGGGACAUAGUUUGAAUGGAGCUGUGCUGAGGGAUGUUUGUGCUUUUGUUGAGAGGUAUGUGCCGAAGUUGGAGGAUUAGGAAUUAAGGCUGGAAGUCACUUAGGAUGAAGAUAUCGCACUCCAAUCAUGAUGAUACUUCUACCCC